GGAUUAUAACCAGAUCAGCUGUAUAGAGGACGGAGCGUUCAGAGCUCUACGUGACCUGGAAGUACUAACUCUGAACAACAACAAUAUAAGUCGUCUGUCGGUGGCUAGCUUCAACCACAUGCCCAAACUGAGGACCUUUCGUCUCCACUCUAACAACCUGGUGUGUGACUGUCAUGUGGCCUGGUUGUCAGAGUGGUUGAGACAGCGUCCUCGUCUGGGUCUUUACACACAGUGCAUGGCCCCCCCCACCAUGAGGGGACACAAUGUGGCUGAGGUCCAGAAGAAAGAGUUCGUAUGUGCAGGCCACCAGUCCUCUUCCUCCUGCAGUGUCCUCCAGUGUCCUGAGUCGUGUACCUGCAGUAACAACAUAGUGGACUGUAGAGGGAAGAGCCUUACUGAGAUACCUAGCAACCUACCAGAGACCAUCACAGAGAUUCGGUUGGAACAGAACUCCAUCAAGAGUAUUCCUGCUGGAGCCUUCUCACCCUAUAAGAAACUACGCAGAAUAGAUCUCAGUAAUAACCAGAUAUCAGACCUGGCGCCAGAUGCUUUCCAAGGCCUGAGAUCCCUCAACUCUCUGGUGCUCUAUGGGAAUAAGAUUACUGAGAUCUCCAAAGGAUUGUUGGAGGGACUGUUCGCUCUGCAGCUACUGCUGUUGAAUGCUAAUAAGAUAGCGUGUCUGCGUGUGGAUGCGUUCCAAGACCUCCACAACCUCAACUUGCUCUCUCUGUACGACAACAAACUACAGACCAUCGCUAAGGGAACCUUCGCUUCACUACGAGCCAUACAGACCCUCCACCUGGCCCAGAACCCGUUUAUCUGUGACUGCCACCUGAAGUGGCUGGCAGACUACCUCCAAGACAACCCGAUUGAGACCAGCGGAGCUCGCUGCACCUCCCCCCGCCGCCUCGCCAACAAACGCAUCGGACAGAUCAAGAGCAAGAAGUUCCGCUGCUCAGCUAGAGAACAGUAUAUCUUCCCAGGUACGGAGGACUACCGCAGUAAGCUGGGAGGAGACUGUUUUGCUGACCUUGCCUGUCCUGAGAAGUGUCGGUGUGAAGGGACCACGGUUGACUGUUCCAACCAGAAGCUGACCAAGAUACCUGACCACAUCCCUCAGUACACACAGGAACUUCGUCUGAACAACAAUGAGUUUACAGUGCUGGAGGCGACAGGGUUCUUUAAGAGGCUUCCUCAGCUUAAGAAGAUUAACCUUAGUAACAACCGUAUCAGUGACAUAGAGGAGGGGACGUUUGAGGGAGCGACGGGAGUCAACGAGUUGAUCCUGACUUCUAACAGACUGGAAAAUAUCCACUACCGCAUGCUACAGGGCCUCAACGGACUUCGCACACUUAUGUUGAGGAGUAACCGUAUUAGUUGUGUCAGUAACAGCAGCUUUGUGGGUCUGAGUUCUGUCAGACUGCUGUCACUCUACGACAACCUGAUAACCUCUAUGACCCCGGGAGCCUUCGACACGCUGCACGCCCUGUCCACACUGAACCUGCUGGCCAAUCCCUUCAACUGUAACUGCCACCUGGCAUGGCUCGGGGAUUGGCUGAGGAGGAAGCGUAUCGUCACGGGCAACCCCCGCUGUCAGAACCCCUACUUCCUGAAAGAGAUCCCUAUACAGGAUGUAGCCGGACAGGACUUCACCUGCGACGACGGUAAUGAUGAGAACAGUUGUAGUCCAGUGUUGAGGUGUCCUGCAGAGUGUAGCUGUCUGGAUACGGUGGUCCGCUGUAGUAACAAGGACCUCAGCACCCUGCCUAAAGGACUGCCCAAGGACAUCACAGAACUGUAUCUGGAUGGUAACCAGCUCACACAAGUUCCAGUGGAACUCUCCAAUUACAAGCACUUAACACUCAUUGAUUUGAGUAACAACCAGAUCAGCACACUGUCCAACUACAGCCUGAAUAACAUGACAGAACUACUGACACUAAUCCUGAGCUACAACCGUUUGAGGUGCAUACCAGUCAGGGCCUUCGAUGGACUCAAGUCUCUACGGUUACUGUCUCUCCAUGGAAAUGACAUAUCUGUGAUACCGGAGGGAGCUUUCAAAGACCUGGCCUCGCUCUCUCACCUGAUGCAGUGGCUGUCUGACUGGGUGAAGAGCGGGUAUAGGGAACCUGGUAUCGCCCGCUGUGCCGCCCCUGGAGACAUGACAGACAAACUACUGCUGACCACACCAUCCAAGAAGUUCAUCUGCACAGACGUCCCCGGGCCUUGUGGUCUUCUGGUGCCAGGUCCUCUGGAUGUGAGUAUCCAGGCGAAGUGUGACCCGUGUCUCUCCAACCCCUGUCUCAACGAUGGUACCUGCUCCAACCACCCUGUCACCUUCUACCGCUGUAGCUGCCCCUACGGAUUCAAGGGCCAGGACUGUGAGGAACCUAUCCAUGCCUGUAUCAGUAACCCCUGUCAGAACGCUGGCACCUGCCAUCUGAAGGAAGGACAGGACAGCAACUACUGGUGUGUGUGUACGGAGGGCUUCGAGGGGGAUGCGUGUGAGAUCAACGUUGAUGACUGUGAAGACAAUGACUGUGAGAACAACUCAACCUGCGUAGACGGAAUCAACAACUAUACCUGCAUGUGUGCCCUGGAGUACACAGCUGCUACCAAUGAGGUGGAGAGAGGUGAGCUGUGUGAGGAGAAAUUGGAUUUCUGUGCUCCAGAGUUGAACCCCUGCCAGCACGACUCCAAAUGCAUCCUGACCCCCCAGGGAUACAAGUGUGAGUGUACUCCAGGAUACGUGGGGGACCAGUGUGAGCUGGAUUAUGAUGACUGUGAGGAGAACAAGUGUCAGAACGGAGCUCAGUGUAUUGAUGCUAUCAACGGAUACACCUGUGUCUGUCCUCUGGGCUACAGCGGUCUGUUCUGUGAGUUCUCUCCUCCCAUGGUUCUGCCCCGCACCAGUCCUUGUGACGACCACGAGUGUUUGAACGGAGCGCAGUGCGUUGUCGUGGAGAUGGACCCCCGCUGCCAGUGUCUCCAUGGUUACGAGGGCGAGUGGUGCGAGACGCUAGCCAGUGUCAACUUCAUCAACCGACAGUCCUAUCUUCAGCUGCCCUCUAGCCUGAUCACACCUGAGACCAACAUCACACUACAGAUUGCUACAGAUGAGGACAGUGGUGUGUUGCUGUAUAAAGGGGACCAGGACCACAUUACCAUAGAGCUGUAUAGAGGACGUCUCCGUGCCAGCUACCACACUGGAACACACCCUCCCUCUGCUAUAUACAGUGUGGAGACAGUAAAUGAUGGUUUAUUCCAUGUGGUAGAGUUGGUGGCAUCAGAUCAGACUGUGUCUCUGUCUAUUGAUGGAGGACCAGUCAAGUCUAUCAGCUCUCUGAGUAAACAGUCAACACUCAGCAUCGACUCUCCUCUAUACCUCGGAGGUAUGCCAGAUCGUUGGUCAGUCUCUGGAGGCGUGUCUGGGAUGCAGGCUGUGUCCGGUGGGAGGAGCCUGGGGAUGUCAGCAUCGCUGCAGUCUGGAGCCGGGGGGCGAAACGGGAGCAGCUUCCACGGCUGUCUCAAGAACCUCUACAUCAACGGACAGCUGCAGGACCUGGGGGUCGGGCUGGAGCAGGGACAGACUGGUGUGCAGGCAGGCUGCCAGCCGUGCCAGGCAGGUGUGUGUGGCCAGGGUGAGUGCCACCCCACCGGGCAGAGCGGCUUCUCCUGUACCUGCCACCCUGGGUGGACCGGAGACCGUUGCCAGGAUCAGGUCAACAACCCCUGUGAUGGGAACAAGUGUAUCCAUGGCUCAUGUCUUCCAAUCAACUCCUACUCCUACUCCUGUCGCUGCCAGCCAGGGUUCCUGGGGGUUCUGUGUGACGAGGCAGACCAGGAGGUGCUGGACCCCUGUCAGCUGACCAGGUGUAAACAUGGGAAAUGUAGGCUGUCUGGCCUGGGCAAGGCCUACUGUCAAUGUAACCCAGGAUACACAGGGGACUCCUGCGACAGAGCCUCCUCUGAUCCUCCGCCCCCUGGCCGAGGGGUCACCCAGAGGUGGUCUGUCGAGGGGAACGGUUCCGAGAUGUCCACCAGCUCCAGAGUGGCUACUCGGCGUGCCAAACCCAGGAGAAGGUCUCCCGUCUAGAGUGCCGCGGCUCCUGUCCGGAGGGGGCCGAAGGGGGGGGCGGGAUAGGCUGCUGCACCCCUCUACGCUCCAAACGCAGGAAA